AUGAGCCAUUGUUAUAUAGAUUAUGAUAUUCAUCAAUGUUUAACAUCUGAUUCUAUUCAAUAUGAACAUCAAUCUUUUUGUCUGACUCUUCGUCGUUUAUAUCUUCGACUUAGAUAUACACGAUGUCUUGAAGAUCUUAUUGAACAUGUGCCUAAUCUCGAACAAAUAUCGGUUCAAUUUGAUAUUUCUUUGAAAUUCGAUUUAUCAUGGAAAUCGAAUAUUGAAAUAAUGAAACAAUCAAAUGAAAAUUGGUUUAAUAAAUUACCAAAGCUAAGAUAUUUUAGUUUAAAGACUUUCAUUGAAGAUGAUUGCGAAUUUAUUUAUUUGAAAUGGCUUCUCAAUAAUUUAAAUUAUGUUAAAAAACUUCAACUUUAUCUAGCAAAUUAUGAACUCGACAUAAGAGCAUCUCAAAAUAUAUGGAAAUCUUUUAUUGAUGCAAAUUUUAUUCGUCAAUAUUGUUUACCUGAUAGAAUAAUUAAUUUAAUUGAUUUUGAUUUUUAUAUUUGUUCACACAGUCAAUCAUUAAAUGACAUAGAAAAAAUAACAAAUUCAUUUAAAAAUCAUUCGUUUUUUCUUGAUCAUCAAUGGACAAAUGUUAAAUGUUUUUUUGAUCGAAUAAUGUCAUGUCAACAUAUUUUUUCUUGUUUCACAAAUUCAUUUCGUUUUUCUCGUAAUCUUAUGUAA